UGUUAUCAUUUCACCCAGUCUCCACAUCUCCAAGCUCCCUGAGAGUUUGGCAGGACCAGAGGACUAGCCAUGUCCAAUGAAUCACUCCAAGGGAAGCAGGAAUGUAUCAGUAUCCAAGCUGGAUCAUGAUUCAGUGUUAUAGGCUGGGGCCUUCUGCAAUACUUAGGAAGCACUAAGUGCCCCCUUUCAAAACCUGAUUCUUGUGGUCAAGUCAAGAAAGAUUUCAGACAUGUCACUCAGAGUAACAGGUAUAAGUUUAAUAAGGGUGGGAAAAAGUAAAGGACACACACUCAAGGGAGAAAGUUGGGUCCUCUCAGAAAGGAAAGGGACAGAGUGCCUCUCCUUCCCUCCAGUUUUAUUGGGGGUUCCGGGAAGUUUCCAGAGAAUCCUACCCAUCCAGGUUUACCUCUUGACUUUUGACUAAGCAAGAUGACAGCAGAGUUUCAAGUCCACACUGCCAUGACAAUUCUGGGUCACUUUGUCCUAUGCUGACCAGUUCUAAUCGGAACCUGUUCUUACAGAUUUUAUGGUUAAGGGCAAUUAUUCUUAGCUUCCUGAGUUCUGGGAUCUGAUCUGUGUGUAGGUCACAAAAGCCUCCCCCUUCAAGCUAACUUUUGUUAUUUUCAGCAUUUGGGGGCCUGCAUAUAACAGGUAGUUUGCUGAGGAAGAUAAUAAUACUCUCAACUUGAGCCAGGCAGGGCUAUAGUAAAUUGCUUCAUAGGAAAGAAAGCAUGUGGGCAUCAGCAGUGGACCCAGUUUAUAGAAUUAAGCCUUUAACUUCUUGUUCCCAGUGCUCAUGUUUGUCUGUUCCCUAUCAACACCACUACCAGCAUAGGUUCCUCUGUCACUCAGGGAAGCACCAUAUACCCCAAGUUGCUCUACCUGAGGAGUCAGUCCUCUGAAGCCACUAAGAGGGCAUUAUUUUUUAAUGGAUAAUAAUUGGGUCAAAUUGGGUAGGUCUUACAAUUGCCUUAGCUUUGCAGAGCACAUGGAAGAGAGCAUGGAGACAUGCUGAUGUGACAUGAUGAAAGUGUUUGUUUCACAGAGAUGACCACAAAAACUCGCAGUACAGAGUUUCUGAGAGAAGGUUUAGGAGGGAAUAAUAUACGCACAGAGUUAACUGACAUGUAUAUACCCUGGGGUUUGAAGUAGAUACGGUGUUCCACAUGGGUUGUAUGGGGAAGAACAUGGGUAUGCAAAGGAUAACAGGGGUAACAACUGGGAUGAUCUCGGGCUUAAUGGAGCUGGGUAAGGCUCCAGGGUCUGGUAAGAAACACAAGUAUGGCCCUCAAUCCCGACAUGGUUCCGUCCUCUGCUCUCUUGUCUGGGUUUGCCUGUGUCCAAUGAGCUCAUCUGGUUUGGGAUCUCUUAAAUUUUCCCUGUGCAGGAUAUCAGAGGCAGUGUACGUGGCUGUCUUCUCCCCAUGUCUCACUCUUUUGGGUCUUCCACCACCUACUCUAUUCUGCAGUCCCAAGGUCCCCUCCCUUCCAUCAUUCUCCUGUGCAUGGAGCUGCUUUUCCUAGUUCUGGCAAGCACUGGAUGAGGACAGGUUCACUGGAGGCUCUGCCACAUAUGUGGGGUUGGAAAAGCUCGCCUGUCUUCACACUUGAGGGCUCCCUCAAAACUUAGAGAAAGCAAGCACAGGUCACCAUAAGCUAGACCAAUCUCUUCUACAGCCUCUGGAAAGAGUGCGGUCGUGUUAACACUGGUUUAGUGCAGCAUCACUCAUCCAGAUGCACAUCAGCCACCCCAACGAGAGUGUAAGUUUCUGUUACUUUAACCGUUGUGUUUGUGAUGGUUUCUCUCAACAGCAGAAGGAAACCCAGCUUCCUUGCAUCUUAAAUCUGUGACCAUUUGCAUCAUGCCAAUGUAGCCAAUAUCAAGUGGUAGCAGUCAAAACUGUGCAAAUCUGGAAAACUAUUCUGUCAGCAACAGCUUGACAAGCUACUGUGUAGAGAUCUUUGUACAACAGAACCUAGGAUCAAGGCACACCAACUCUCAUGAUUCCUUCCAUUCACCUUGUCUUCCAACUGUAAUUCCGUAGUCUCCUGUCUGUCUCCAGGAACAAAGAAAAUGAAUACCACUGUGGGGAUGGUGUCCUUCGAGGAUGUGUCCGUGGACUUCACCUGGGAGGAGUGGCAGGACCUGGAUGAUGCUCAGAGGAUCCUCUACAGGGAUGUGAUGCUGGAGACCUACAGAAGCCUGGUGUCCUUGGGGCACUGCGUUGCAAAACCUGAGGUGAUCUUCAAGCUGGAGCAAGGUGCUGGGCCGUGGACAGUAGGCGAAGCCCCGCACCAGUGCCUCCCAGAUGUCCAGAAAGUGAAUGGCCUGAAUGAGACCAGCCAGGAAAAGCAAGAGAGGCAUUUCUGGCAAAUUGUACUCCCCAACAGCAGCACCUCAACUGAGGAGAGGUUCACAUUAGGAACAAGAUUUAACUUGAGCUCAAAGCAGGUUUCAAGUCCGGCUCCAAAGAGUGGGCCAGAGGGGCUUAAUGUGUGGCAGAAGGAGCUUCUCCCUAGCAAGCCUGAGGAGGUGCAGGAUGGAGAGGAGCCUAGUGGUCUUAACAUUCCUGAGAAGCCCCCCAGGCAUCCUGAUCAAAGAAGUCUACUAAAGGUUCAAAGUAGGCAGCAGCAGUUCCAUCACGGUGGACAGGGGAAAUCCUUCACAGUGAAGGCAUUGUGGACACUGAAGAAGCUUCAUGUGGGAGAGGCCUCCAGCACACUCAGUGGAGGUGGAAAAACCCUGGAUAAGGUGGCACUUACUGCCCAAGAGAUGACUCAGGUAAGAGAGAAAACUUCAGAAUGUAAUAUGUGUGGGGAAACUUUCUGUAAAAACUCUAAAGUCAAUGCACAUAAGAAAAUACAGAGAAGACUGAAAUGUGAUGAAUGUAGUGGUGGCAAGAAGCUAUUGGUUAAGAAGCCAUACCUUACGAAACUCCACAGGUCACAAUCAGAAUCAGAGGGAAAGCCCCAUACAGUCAAUGAAUGUGAGAACUUUUGUCAGAAGACACGACCUACUGGGCACCAGAGGACUCACAGAAGAGCAAGACCCUUUGAAGGUUACGAAUAUGGAAAGCACUUUCCCCAGAAGUCACACCUCAGCAGGCAUCAGGGAACUCCCAUAGGGGAGAAGCCCUAUGAGUGCAGUAUGUGUGGGAAAUCCUUUUCCCGGAAGUCCCACCUCAGCAGGCACCAGGGCACACACACAGGCGAGAAACCCUAUGGGUGUAAGGAAUGCUGGAAGACGUUCUACCAUAAGUCGUCCCUCACGAUUCAUCAGAGAACUCACACAGGUGAGAAGCCCUAUGAGUGUAAGAAGUGCAGGAAAAGCUUCUACUGUAAAUCAGAUCUCACUGUGCAUCAGAGGACUCACACGGGUGAGAAGCCCUACACGUGUGAAGCCUGCAGGAAGACUUUCUACUCUAAGUCACACCUCACUGUGCACCAGAGAAUUCACACGGGUGACAAGCCUUAUGCCUGUAAGGAAUGCAGGAAGACUUUCAACCGCAAGUCUAACCUCACCGUGCACCAGAGAACGCACACGGGUGAGAAGCCCUAUGAGUGUGAUGUGUGCGGGAAAACCUUCUAUCAAAAGUCCCACCUCAGCACGCACCAGGGAACUCACACAGACGAGAAGCCUUAUGAGUGUGAGCACUGCAGGAAGGCUUUCCUUCACAAGUCAUCCCUCACUGUGCAUCAGAAAACUCACUCGGGCAGCAAGCCGUACACCUGUGAAGAGUGCAGGAAGACAUUCCUGCAUAAGUCUUCCCUCACCGUCCAUCAGAGGGCUCACACAGGCCACAAGCCCUAUGUCUGUGAGGACUGCAGGAAGGCUUUCUACUGCAAGUCACACCUCACUGUGCAUCGGAGAACCCACACAGGCGAGAAACCCUAUGAGUGCGGCGAGUGUGAAAAAGCCUUUCACCAGAAGUCAUACCUCAGCAGGCAUCAGAUGACUCACCAGAAUGAGAAGCAGUAUGAAUGUCAAGAAUGCAGGAAAACUUUCUACCGUAAGUCAUCCUUCACUGUCCAUCAGAGAACACACCUGGGGAAGACGGCACGAAUAUGAUGUAUAUGGAGAGCUCUUCCACCAGGCAUCAGAAAAUGCACACAGGGGAAUCCUCCCACAGUGAGCAAGUGUGGGGACAGAGUUAGCGAGAAGGCACAUGUCAGCAGAUGCCAGGGAUGCCAGAGAGAGAAGUCCCCGCAGCAGGCUCUGUGGUCCCCAGAAUCCAGUUCUCUCUGGGGUGCUCAGCCUCCAGGGGGCGCCUCUCCUGUGUGGGCCCUGGAGCUGAGUUGCACAGCAGAAUGUGUACCUGUGGCAGUCAUUCCCCACAGCCCAGCCCAGCCCAGCCCAGCCCAGCUCAGAACUUCAUCAGGUUCUGCUCCCUGAGUUCUCAUGCAUCCUGGGCCUCAUGUGAGCAUGACAUACCAGGUGGCUGGCCUUGAGAGCCAGAGAUACAGGCACUGGGACUUAAGAGAAAUGUAAUUUAUUGGAGAGAGCAGAGGUCUUUCUACUUGUAUCCCAGAAUGCUCCAUUCUUAUUUCACAUGAGCAAGAAAUACUCUGUUGGACCAGUGCAUGAGCUAUUUGCAUUUCAUUGCAAACCCACUGUAGUUAAUUCACUUUAUAAAGUUUCUGAGAGAAGUUACCUCUCUUUUUAUAUUGCAAAAAUUCCCACAUGAGAGAAACCUGUACUGUCACCUUUGAUUCCCAAGUCAGCUUAUGGAAAAUAGGAACAAUCAUAUGGAAAAAUAACAAAUGGAGAAUGUCUUAUCAGGCAGGUAACUUUCAUGAACACUUUAUGAAUAAAGUAAACCUUCAUACAUUUCUUUAACUUGUAAAAGCUUUUAACACACCUGACUUUUUAUGUAUAAACUUUGUAAUGAAGGAAAUUAUCAGUAUAUGUAAUUUGUAUGUUAAUUUUCCAAUGAAAGUGUUGAAUAUA